ACAGAGUGCAGGGUUCAGGGGUGCGCUGCAUACAGAGUGCAGGGUUCAGGGGUGCGCUGCAUACAGAGUGCAGGUUUCAGGGGUGCGCUGCAUACAGAGUGCAGGGUUCAGGGGUGCGCUGCAUACAGAGUGCAGGGUUCAUGGGUGCGUUGCAUACAGAGUGCAGGGUUCAGGGGUGCGCUGCAUACAGAGUGCAGGGUUCAGGGGUGCGCUGCGUACAGAGUGCAGGGUUCAGGGGGUGCGCUGCGUACAGAGUGCAGGGUUCAGGGGUGCGUUGCAUACAGAGUGCAGGGUUCAGGGGUGCGCUGCAUACAGAGUGCAGAGUACAGU